AUGCUCAUCACCAACAUCGAAGGCUUCAAUUUGUCAUCGCCUCUGGAGCGGCCAUUCGGCUGGUCCAAUGGAUGGAUAUCCGCUCGUGUCGUUGGCCUGCUGAAGAUCGAGACCGAUGAGGGUAUCACAGGCUGGGGCGAGGGCUAUGUCGGCGCGCGAGGCGACUUCGUCAAGCAACUCUUUGGCGACCUCCUCAUAGGCGCCGAUCCCCUCAACCGCAACGCACUCUGGCAGGGCAUGUUCGACCGCGUCUAUAACGGCAACAACGCAGGUGGCUUCGGUGGCAGCGCCAUCAGCGCAGUUGAUAUCGCCCUUUGGGACAUCGCGGGCAAGGCAGCCGGCCAGUCCGUCUCAGACUUGCUAGGUGGCCGCAUCCGAGACAAGGUCGCCGUGUAUGCCACAGGCCUCUACUACACUGAGGGCGAGUUUCCCACCCGCCUUCUGGACGAAGCAACGAUGUACGUCGAACUCGGUUUUAAGGGCAUGAAGACUAAGAUCGGUGCGGCUCACCCAUAG